AUGGGGCUGCUGUCGGGGGACUGCCAGGAAGGAGGCGGCGGCCGCGGCAACGGGGAGCAGCCGGCCAGCCCGGGAUGCGUCGCGGAGGAGGAGUCCUUCCCGGCCUUGAAAGCCGGAGAGGAGAAGGAGGACGAGGGGGCGGAAGAAGACUACGAGGAGUAUGUGGACUUUUCCAUCCUGCCUGACGCUCGCAGCAUUGCCUCCGACGACUCCUUCUACCCGUCCGACGGGGAGGACGGCUGGCUGGAGCCGAGCGAGCCCGAGUCCUGGUGCUCCUCGGAGGCGGAGGACCACGCGGACGAUGGGGCCAUCCCGGAGGAGGUGUCCCUCUUCCGUGCGGCGAGCACCAACAACGUGGGGCUCCUGAGAGCGCUCAUCCGCCGGGGACCUAGCGCUGAGGAGGUGCAGGAGACCGACCGCAACAGCCGGACUGGCCUUAUUAUUGCCUGCUACCAAGGUUUUGUGGAUAUUGUAGUAGCCUUAGCAGAGUGCCCUCAUAUUGAUGUAAACUGGCAGGACAACGAGGGGAAUACAGCACUAAUUACAGCUGCACAGGCAGGGCACAUAAUCAUCACCAACUAUUUGCUGAACUAUUUUCCUGGUCUUGACCUUGAAAGAAGGAAUGUAUUUGGGUACACAGCCCUGAUGAAAGCUGCCAUGCAAGGUCGAGUUGAAUGCAUCCGAGCUUUAAUGUUGGCAGGAGCCGAUGUCCAUGCAACGGAUCCCAACAGAGGGAUGACUCCACGGGAAUGGGCAUCUUACACAGGAAGGUCUGAGGCUGUCUGGGUUAUCCAGAGACUGUUGGAUAGGCCCUGUCCUGAGCAGUUCAGUGAACAGUACAAGCCUGACUGGCCAGUGGUGAAGGACAUUCUUGUCAAACCAGCAGAGCCCAAGAGCUGUUUACAGAGGCUUACUGAGUGCUUUCGGUCAAUCUUGUCUUCUCGCUAUGUCCAAGGACCUGAAGAUGGGGGAGUCCUUGACCAUAUGGUUAGAAUGACCACGAGUCUCCACAGCCCUGCUGUGGCAAUUGCCUGCAAGACUGUGUGCCCCGAGAGCCCCCCCUGUGUGGGGAAGAGGCGCCUUGCAGUGCAGGAGAUCCUCUGCCACCAGAACACUGGGGAAGCCCAUGAUCAUGAAAAGGGCAAGGUGGAGAGCUUUGAGGUCUUUCCGAACUCCCAGGUUGAGGUGGUUCCCCAAAAGACAGACAGGAGAGCAAGUCUUCAAACUUCCACCUCUCCAGCUGCUCAGGGGAGCUCCGCAGUCUCUCGGAAGGCCAGCCUCUUACCCUUGCAUUUGUUGAGGAGGAGUAGCGUGAGGCCAGGCUUUGUGAUUCCAAAGGUCCGCAUCAACAAGGCCCCCACUCCCACUUUUCAACCAGAACGAGUGAAGAAGAAGAGUAAUGUUAAGGAUAAUACCUAUUUGCAGAUUCCUAAGUGGAGAUACAAGGAAGCAAAGGAGGAAAGGAGAAAAGCAGAACAGGCAGAGAAGAAGAAAACAGCUGAAACGCCAAAGGAAAGACGAGUAUCUCCCUGGAGGAAUAGGACUUGA